UGUGUGUGUAUGUGUGUGUGUGUGUGUGUGUGUGUGUGUGUGUGUGUGUGUGUGUGUGUGUGUGUGUGUGUGUGUGUGUGUGUGUGUGUGUGUGUGUGUGUGUGUGUGUGUGUGUGUGUGUGUGUGUGUGUGUGUGUGUGUGUGUGUGUGUGUGUGUGUGCGUGCGCGCGUGUGUCUUCCUUAACUUUCCAACUGUCUUCAGUUUUGUUAUCAUUGCGACAAUUUUGACCAACUGUGUGUUCAUGACGAUGAACAAUCCACCAGUGUCGAGCUACUCUCUGGAUUUCACAGCCAUCUACACAGUGGAGGUCAUCGUGAAGGUCAUGUCCCGAGGCAUUCUCAUUGGAAGAUUCUCUUUCGUGAGAGAUCUGUGGAACUGGUUGGACAUCCUGGUCAUCAUACUAGGGUAUGUGUCAUUGUUUGUCGAUUUGGGGAAAGUUUCUAUUCUUUCUUCAGCUCUUCAAGUCCUGAAGCUUCUCCCACUAAUCCCAGGUAUGAAGACGACUGUCAGCACUCUCAUCCAAUCAGGGAGGCGUCUGGUUGGUGUGAUGGUGCUGACUGUGCUCACCCUCAGCAUUUUGGCUCUGAUUGGUCAGCAGUUGUUCAUGGGAAACCUGAGGCAGAAAUGUUUUCUCUUGCAAUCGAAAGAAAUGGACAACACAACUAGAUACUAUGGCAACGGAAGAGGAGGCAGCAACUUUAAUUACAGCGAUAUCCUGAAUGAACAAGCAGUCUACUUCCGUCCUCAUGAAAUGGAUGCUCUGCUGUGUGGAAACAGCUCUGAUUCCGGGUUGUGUCCGGAGGGAUUCACAUGUGUUAUGUGGGGAAGGAACCCAAAUUACGGCUUCACCAGCUUCGACACGUUCGGCUGGUCUCUGCUGAAUAUGAUCAGACUGUUGACUCAGGACUUCUGGGAAAACCUGGUGAUGAUGACAUUACGUGCAGCAGGAAGAGUGUACCUGAUCGUCUUCGUACUCAUCUUCUUCCCCGGCUGUUUCUGCCUACUCAGCCUUAUUGUGGCCUCGGUUGCCAUGGCAAUCAGCGAACAGGAACAAGCUGUCAUUGUUGAGGCUCUCCGGAAAGAAAAAGAGUUCAUUCAGAUCCAGGAGGCACUGAAGAGGAAUGAUAAACACGAGCAGGUGGCCUGCAGGGGGAGACCCUCAGAAACAAAGACUGGUGAAACGGAGGAAAAAUCCACUGAGCUGGAAGGCUCAGAUGGCUCGUGUUCACCAUGCUGCGUCCUCUGUCUGAAGUGGAACUGUUGUGGUUGCUGGCAGUGGCUCAAACAGCGGCUCCACACCUUGGUCAUGAACCCUUUCUUCGAACUUAUAAUUGUACUCUGCCUGAUCGUCAACGUAAUCUUCAUGGCAAUUGAACAUUUUCCGAUGACAGAGCAGUUUGAAGAGCUGCUUUCCAUCGCUCAUCUGGUCUUCACCUGUAUCUUCAUCGCUGAACUGUUGCUCAAAGUUGUAGCCAUGGACCCAUACGGAUACUUCCAGGUGGGCUGGAACAUCUUUGACAGCAUCAUCGUCGUCAUCAGUCUUAUAACUCUAUUUACGUAUCAUGACCAUUCCUAUAUACUGUUGCUGCGAGUCUUCAGGUUGGCCAGGUGGUGGCCGUCUUUCCACAUGUUGCUAAAGAUGGUGUGGACGUCGUUGAGGGCUCUGAUGAACCUGACUCUGGUCCUGCUCAUCCUGGUGUUUGUGUUCAGUGUGGUCGGCAUGCAGCUGUUCCAUGAGGACUACAAAGACUGUGUCUGUCGCAUCGCUCAGGACUGCACACUUCCACGCUGGCACAUGAACGACUUCUUCCACACCUUCCUCAUCAUCUUUAGGGUCCUGAUAGGAGACUGGAUUGAGACUACAUGGGACUGUAUGGAGGUCUCAGGUCCGGCCAUGUGUCUGAUUUUCUUCAUGGUGGUUAUAGUCAUCGGAAACCUGUUGGUCCUGAAUCUGUUCCUGACCAUGGUACUGAGCUGGUUCAACGGUGACAGUCUGCUGCUUUCAGAGCGAAAGGAGAAAAACAACCUUGACAUCGCCAUAGACCAGAUCAAGAAAGCUUUCUGGACUUUGCUGGGGAAGGAAAAACCAGAGCACACAGAUGAUAACAGUAAGGACAGCAACAGGAAGGAGUACCUGGCCUUGGAUGUUGUGACUUCAGACCAGCCGGUGUCCGAGAAUCAAGACCUCAGCGGGAAAACCAGCAAGCAUGUUGACACUAAGUCCCAGAGCGCCCCCAUUGCUGAGAUCGAGGAUGAACUGAAAACGACUGACGAUAAAGAAGAAAGAGUGAAAAGAAGUGAUGACGACGUGCUGAAUCAUCCUGAGUGUGAGCAGGACGAACACAAUAAAGGUGUUAAGGGAAACACACCUGAGGACUGCUGCUGUGACAAGUGUUACCGAUGCUGUCCGUUCUUGGACUUCAACAAGUCCCAGGGUACAGGGAGGGUGUGGUCUAACUUCAGGAGAAGCUGCCUCUCCAUCGUUCAGCACAGAGUCUUUGAGGCGUUCAUGAUCAUCAUCAUCGUGCUGAGCAGUGCAGCUCUGGUGUUCGAGGACAUUCACCUGCCACAGAGGCCGGUCUUAAAGAUUGCUGUGGAGACGGCAGACCAGGUGUUCACCUUCAUCUUCCUGCUGGAGAUGCUUCUCAAGUGGAGCGCCUUUGGACUUAAAAAAUACUUCACCAACGGGUGGUGCUGGCUCGACUUCCUCAUCUUAAACGUGUCUCUAACAUGUGUGACUACUGACCUGUUGGGACUCUCUAAACCACUAGCCACCCUCUGGUCUCUGAGAGCCCUGAUACCUUUGAGGACCCUGUCCCGCUUCCAGGGCCUGAGGGUGGUCAUUCAGACUCUGGUGCAGACCCUGCCCACCCUGGUUAACGGUGUUUUGGUGUUUUUGAUCGUGUGGUUGAUCUACAGUAUUCUGGGCGUGAACCUGUUUGCAGGGAAGUUUUGGUACUGUUACAAUGAGACGGCAGGGGAGUUCUUCACAGAAGAGGAUGUGGACAACAAGACCCAGUGUUUUGAGCUGAUGUAUUUAAACUUCACCGACAUCAGCUGGAAAAACAUCAAGAUAAAUUUUGACAGCGUGGCGAACGGUUACCUGUCGCUGCUGAGCAUGGCGAUGUCGAGCAGCUGGUUUGAUGUCAUGUACGCAGCUGUGGACUCCAAACAGGUGAACUCUCAGCCGGUCUAUGAGUACAACCUAUACAUGUACCUGUACUUCAUAUUCUUCAUCAUCAGCACCUUCUUCACCUUCAUCUUCUUCAUCAGAGUCAUCAUCGACAGCCUGCAGACAGGCAGGACAGGGAAACAUUGUUUUGCAACGGAGGAUCAGAUGAAAAAAAUUGAAGCUUUGAAAAUUCGUCUCUUGAGUAAAUCGCAGAAACCAGCUCCCCGUCCUCAGAACCCAUGCCUGGCUCGGCUCUUCGACCUGGUGACCAGUCAGUGGUUUGAGGUCUUCAUGGUGGUGGUUGUCUGCCUGAACAUGGUGGUUCUGAUGGUGGAGACUUGGGAUCAAAGCUUCGAGACGGAAAACAUCCUGCACUGGUUCCAGUUCGUCUUCCUCAUCAUUUUCCUCAUGGAGUUCAUCAUGAAGAUCAUCCCACUCCGACAACACUACUUCACCUCAGGCUGGAACAUCCUGGACUUUGUGGUGCUACUGUAUCUCCUCAUAGGCCUCUUUAUCUCUGAUCUCUUGGAAAAGUAUUUCAUCAUGCCCACCUGGUUUUCAAUUUUGCGAUUGGUUCGUGUCAUGCGUGUGAUCCAUCUUGUUCAGGGUGGGAUCAGGAAGCUGCUUUCAAACUUUAUGAUGUCACUUCCUGCCCUCUUCAACAUCAGCCUCCUCCUCUUCCUCAUCACGUUCAGCUUCUCCAUCUUUGGCAUGUUUAACUUUGCCUACAUAAAGAAGGAGUUUGGGAUCGAUGACAUGUGGAACUUUGAGACGUUCUGGAACAGUCUGACCUGCAUGAUAAUGACCUCCUCCACCUCCGGAUGGAUCGGCUUCCUGUUACCCAUCAUGGACACGCCUCUUGACUGCGACCCUUUCAUGGAGAACCCGGGAGUGAUGGGCAUCGGAAACUGUGGCAACCCCAUGAAGGGUGUCAUCUUCUUCACCACCUAUAUCAUCCUGACCUCCCUGCUCCUGGUUUACCUGUACAUCGCUGUCGUCAUGGAGACCUUCAGUUUAGAGGACGCAGGGUCCCUGAGUGACGAAGGCCUCCAGAUGUUUUAUAACACCUGGAUGAAGUUCGACCCCGACGCCACGCAGUGCAUACAGAAUACUGAGCUGUCAGAGUUCUGCAGUGCUCUGCAGGGUCCUCUGAAGAUUCCAAAACCAAACUCCAUCAAACUGACCAACAUGGAGCUUCCUCUGCUGCCUGGAGACAAAAUCCACUGUAUGGACAUCCUGUCAGCCCUGCGUGCACAGGUGUUUGGUGAUUCAGGCGAUGUGGAUGCUCUUAAAGACAGACUGCAGGACAAAUUUAAUGAAAACUCCCCCAAGGUGUCAAGUGAACCGAUCAGCAGCACUCUGCAGGGGAAACUAGAAGAGGAGGUGGCGAUGGUGAUCCAGCAUAAGGACGCAGAGGAGGUGGCUGACGGGUCUAUGGGCGGUGCUAACGGAGGUUCAGGUGUUUAAGACUCCUCCCACUCUGCUGGAUGAGAACCUGAAUGAGUCAAGAACAAAUCGCAUUUAUUAAAGCAUAUAAAGCUUAUUAAGCAUAUAUCCAUAAUUAGCAUAACUGUAUCACUGUUAAUCAAUAUUUCAUAUUCAGCUGAUCAUUAACUAAUUCACACUGCUGUUAAUUUGCCUAUGCUAUGCUAGCAGAGCUAAAUGCUAAAAUGAACCAGCUAACGUGAGCAGAAACACCAUGGCUAACACAGACUCAUAGCUUACGUAACUAACACAAAAUCAGAGCUUACGUAGCUAACACAGACUCAGAGCUUACGUAGCUAACACAGAAUCAGAGCUUACGUAGCUAACACAGACUCAGAGCUACCGUGGCUAACACAGCCUCAGAGCUUACGUAGCUAACACAGACUCAGAGCUACCUUGGCUAACACAGCCUCAGAGUUUACGUAGCUAACACAGACUCAGAGCUAACGUGGCUAACACAGACUUUUAAAAAAGUUUCUCUCUAGUAGUGUGACGUCCAGAUUAUUCCACAUCACUAACCACUCUGUUGACCUGAUCGUGUAGCGUGCUAAUGUGUGUUAGUACGUUAGCAUCUGAACUCAGUGGCCCUUUUCAGAGAGCAGAUCCAAUGCAAAUUCUGAGCCGGUAACCCUGAAAUCAGGAAAAUGGUAAAUUUAGCUCUGACUCAAUAGUAUGGUAAUUCUAGCUCUGACUCUGUGAACCUUACCUGUUCGGAAGCAGGUUGUCUUGAAUGAACCUGAGUUAUUCUCCAUCUCCUCUUUCAGAGCCAGAAACACUUUCAUUUCCUCGCUCUGUCAUUCAGUUUGUAUCAUGCUGUGUUAGUGGAGAUACACCGUUGGUCUGAAUAAAAAACAGGUUAUUUUAAUGUUUCAUGAUAGGUGUUUUAUAUUAAAUAAAUAUACUACAUUCAAACUUACAUGCUGACUCGAGCAGCAUUUUUCUCCCUCACCACUUCUCUCUGCUUUGCUGCUGCAGCAGAGUUAGUUUAAAAACAUGUUCCUACUCACUGAAUGUCCACAUGAUGAUUUAUAAUUCAGAGGGAGAAAGUACAAGGACCUCUUUAUGUCACCUGUUGCUUUGUUAUAUCGUAGUAUCUGGGCUCCAUUAAUGUUGUCUUUUAAAGUCAUGCUGCACGCGCUGAGCAACAAGUGAACCGACUCAGAGGGGAGUGAACUCAAAUCAGCUGUUCUGUAAUGUUUCCCACCUGAGGAUACAUCACCUCACAGCUCAGGGUUAGACUGAGAGUUUGUUCAACCUGAUACAGGCUCCAGGUGAACACAGGGGGGCGCUGCUCCCUUCUUCUUUGAACACUUUUGCUAUUUUUGAUACUUUGAUAUGUUUGAAACCUUUAUAUUUUCAUAUUCUUACUGUUUGUUUAUUUUUAGACUGACUAACAAAGAGAAUAAAAAACAUCCUAUUCA